AUGGUGGCGGCGUGUAAUCGACUGGGACUGAAUGGAGUGGCAGAGCGAAAAAUGUACUCGCGAGACUGGGGCUGUGUCGGAAUUGUCAAGAUUCAGCUGUAUAAUAGCAAUGGUGCGCCACUGAGGAGUGAUAUUCCGAAUCGGAAGUCGCUAUAUCUGCUACUAGCCAAGAAUAUUAAGGAAAGUCCCCGUACUCCUCGAGAAGAAGUGGAAUUACCAAAACCCAUUACAGUACAAACGGCGCCGACGUCCGAGAAGGCAAUCAAAAAGAAGCAGAAGAAGCAGAAAGCGAAAAUGAUUCGCGCUUGA